GGAAGCGACCGAGACCGACCCGGCGGCGGCUGCAGCGCAGGAGCCAUGAAGACCCCUGCGGACGCAGGGUUUGCCUUCCCCGACUGGGCCUACAAGCCCGAGUCGAGCCCCGGCUCGCGGCAGAUCCAGCUGUGGCAUUUCAUCCUGGAGCUGCUGCGCAAGGAGGAAUACCACGACGUGAUCGCCUGGCAGGGCGACUACGGCGAGUUCGUCAUCAAGGACCCCGACGAGGUGGCGCGGCUGUGGGGCGUCCGCAAGUGCAAGCCCCAGAUGAACUAUGACAAGCUGAGCCGGGCGCUGAGGUAUUACUACAACAAGCGGAUCCUGCACAAAACCAAAGGGAAACGAUUCACCUACAAGUUCAACUUCAACAAGUUGGUGCUGGUGAACUACCCCUUCAUCGACAUGGGCCUGGCAGGCGGCCCUGUGCCCCAGAGUGCCCCGCCGGUGCCCUCGGGCAGCUCCCACUUCCGCUUCCCGCCCUCCACGCCGGAUGUGCUCUCGCCCGGGGCGGAGGAGCUGCGCUCGCCGGGCGUCUUCUCGGCCGUGGCCCGGCGCCUCGCCCGCGGCUCGGUCAGCGACUGCAGCGACGCCACCUCGGCCACCUCGGAGCUGGAGGAGCCGCUGGGCGAGGAGGGGCGCCGGGGCGGGGGGCCGGGCGAAGGGGGUGGCUUCCGUGGGCCCCCCCUGCCUGCCCACCCCCGGCUGGCCCACGACAGCCUCUUCCGUGCCUACCCCCGGCCCCGCGGGCCCGAGCCCCUCAGCCCCUUCCCGGUGUCCCCCAUGGCCGGCCCUGGAGCCCUGCUGCCCCCCCAGCUCUCGCCCGCCCUGCCCCUCACCCCCACCCACAUGAACUACACCCCCUCGCCCACCCUGAGCCCCAUGUACCCCAGCGGCUCCCACUUCUCCUUCAACCCCGAGGACAUGAAGCGCUACCUGCAGGCGCACACCCAGAGCGUCUACAAUUACCACCUCAGCCCCCGGGCUUUCCUCCACUACCCCCACAUCCUCGUGCCCCAGCCCCAGCGCCCCGAGAAGCCGCCCCCGCCCGAGGAGCCCCCCGCCCCCUUCAAAUUCAAGCUGCAACCUCCCCCGCUGGGCCGGCGGAACCGGGACAAGGCACCGGCGCCCCCCGGCGAAGGGGCCGCCCCGGAGCCCCGGCUGCCCUGCAUCAAGGUGGAGCCCAUCUCAGAGGGGGAGUCAGAGGAGGAGGAGGUGACGGUGGAGGUGACGGAUGUCAGCGAGGAAGACGAGGAGGUGUUCAAGGCUCCCCCCGCCCCGGCCCCCCGGCAGUGCGAGGAGAGCGGCCAGUGCAUCCCCCUUAAGCUGCGUUUUAAGCGGCGCUGGAGUGAGGACCAGCGGCUGGAGGCGGGUGGGGGGGGCGGCCCCGAAGAGGCGGAUGACAAGAAGGUGAAGGGGGAGCGGGAGGGUGGGGGCGCCCCAGCCGGAGGUGGGCGGCGUGUCAGCACCGACCUGCCCCACGCCACGGCCCAGCUCUCGCUGGAGAACAAGGACUCGUAGAGCCGGUGCCGGCGCCGCCGGGGGGGCUGGGGGGCCGUCUUCUGCCUUAACUCAGAGAUUUUAACCCUCCUCUGGGCUGCCACCUCUCCGGGAUCCUGUACGUUGAAAUAGGGUAGGGGGCGCUCAGCUGUUUUUACUUCAAUAUACAUAUAUAUAUAUAUUUUUGGGGGGAUGAUUUUAAAUCUGGGGGCAGCUUUCCUUUCAGGGUCUCUGGUUUUUAAAGAGGGGGUGACCCUGGCAAUUUAUAUUAUGUAGAAUUUUUUUAACCUUUUCCCACCCCUGAAUCCCCUCGUUUAUAUCCAGUCGCUGCCUUGUUGGGGGGAGGGGGGUGUUUUCAUCUUCAGGGGGGGUGUUGAGGGAUCUCAAUGUCCCUCACCCCUCGUGUGGGGGGAAACGGGCUUUAAAGCACAAUAAACUCUCUUUAAUCCCUGUCUGGCUGGAUCAGAAAUGGAAGCCAUUCCUGCAGCACCCCCAUAUUAUUGGGGGCUGGGGGGACAUAAGAACGGCCUGACGGGGUCAGACCAAAGGUCCAUCUAGCCCAGUGUCCUGGGAGAGAGUGGAUGCCAUUUUGUGCCCCCUGUCGCCUACGGACCUAGCUUCUCCCCUUCCCUCCAGCUUAGAUUGGUCUGUAUGAGGCUGUAUGGGCCCUUCUUUUAUGGGGGGGGGGCAGUCUGGCAUUUGGGGGCCUGCAGAUUGCUUGAGGUGCUCGAGAUGGCUUUAGAUAACCAAAAAUGAGUGGGGUGUGUGCAGCCGCAGCCCUCAGCCACCCCAGGGGAGCUGGGGGGUAUCUCAAGUGCCUGUUGAAGUACUGUCUGUGUGGGGUGGGGGUGGGAGGAGUAGCCACCCCAUGUCCCCCCCCAAUGGGGUAGGACCUGAACUGACAUUUCCCCCACUUCCCAAUACCUGCAAGGACCCCAGGAGCUAUUCCCCUGCUUCCCUGUAGUGACAACGGGGA